AUGACGCGGCCAAUUGGAGCUGCACAGGGUUUACAGACAACCACAUCAACGAGCACCGCCGCAGCCACUGCAGACGAGCCGGAGAGCGGCAUCAGCAGAGAGCGGCGUGCUGCUGUGGCGCGUGAGCGCUCCGCAGGACAGGCCAACGCGGCGGCGAUCGUAGUAAUAGCAGGAGCCUUUGCAGGCUGGCUUUGGUGGCGGCGGCGCCAGCAGCAGCGAGCUGAGGACGACGAGGCGGACGGCGGCGUGGUCAAGCAGGCGCGGGCACACAAGGGUGGCCGCAGCACAUUUGCCUUCGCCCCCCGCGCCGGGGCGGCCAGCGGCGGCGGCGGCGGGGGCGGCGGCACGCCCGCGGUGCGGGGACCCCCGGCCCCGGCCGUCAACACAGUGGGCGGGGCGCGGCGCAAGAACCCGAAAAAGGACCGGGCGGGACGGCGGCAGCAGAAAGAGGAGAAAAAGAAGGGCGGCAAGGGCGGCGGCGGCGGCGCGGGCGGCGGCCUGGACCUGCUGCACAAUGCGUCCGUGAUCGACGCGGCCGAGGCCAAGGCGGCGGAGGAGGCGGCGCGUACGGUGAAGUACGUGGACUUGUCGAAAAUGGACGAGGUGUACGACCGGGUGCGCGACUGGCAGGAGACCGGGAAGAAAAAGUUCAAGUAG